AUGUUAAUAAGUCGAGUGUCUGAAAAGGAAUGCAACGAGAAUGGCGAAGGGGAUGUUAACAGAAAUAUUUACGAAUAUGAAACAGCCAACGAGCUAUUCGAAAUAAUUGCUAAAAAACAUAAUUUCAAUGAAAGUGAAAACGCACUUAAAGCAAGCGAUUUGGUCAUACUUUACAAAAAUUUAGAUGUCGGAACAAAGCUGAUGACUGAAGCGAAAUGCUGUCAAACUAAACCAUCUAACCAAUAUGUUGAAACAAUCAUAUACAACGACGGACGCGAUUCCGAUGACUCUGACGUUGGUGAAAUUUACAGCACCGAGGAUAUACGAAAUAUUAUGAUGAUUAACAAAGAAAGAAUUGAUUUGUUAACUAAUACAACUUCUUUGGAACAUACGCUUUGUCAAAAAUUUGGCGAGACCACUGUGAAUCCAUCCAAUUUUAAUACAGCUUAUGACAAACAUUUAUUUUUUAAAGAUCCGCACAUAAAAGAACAAUUAAAUAGCGUUUUGCCUGCGACAUCAAAUAUGAAUGUUCUACCUUCGUCGUUACUUGACUACAUUUGUUGUAAACGAUUAGAAGACAAUUAUAACUUUUACAUGGAUAGUAUUAUAAAGUAUGUACAACAUACAAUAGACCAACUUAAAAGAAUAAGCAAUGGGGAUUAUUUAACUGACAAAGCUAAAGAGAGAUGGCGCCAAAUGGAUCACGCUUCUUAUAAUAAUGAUGAAAAGAAUACAGUUUUAACGAAUUCGGUUAGUAUCCCCAUACACGUGGAACGUAAAGCCGGCAAUAUGAAAAGCAAAUGGGACGACGUGGUUCACUCUGAAGUAGAUGUCAGAUCAUUAUCGAGAAUAUUAGAGAAAAAAAUCAGAGUCGAAAUUCCAAGAUUAAUUUGCGGAACAUACGAAUUAUUCAGCAAACGAUAUCAGGACAAUUUUAUAAUAAGUUGCAAGAAAAAAACUAAUGCAGUCAACGAAACACAUUCUCGAGUUGAUGUUGUUUUAAAGUUAAAAAAAUCACAAUCAGGUCAAAUUAUAAGUAAAAUCAAUUCGAUCAUGAUUUUACAAACUCCGCAGAUAGCAUCUCGAGAGACUCCUGAAACAGCGAGUAAUAGAUGUGCGUCACUUAUGUGUGAAAUAACGGAUACUAAAAUAAAACCAAAAAUUGUAGAAAUCAACGAAAGUAAUGUAAUGCCAAGCGACCUUACUUACGAAAAUAGUUUUGUAUCUCAACAAUCGCCAGAAACUUAUGAAGAAUCCUUUAUUGGCGUUGACACUGAUGUAAGUAGUGCUUCUCUGCACUUCAACAACAAUUUAAACUGCACAGACAUUUUUGUCACUUAUCCGACGCUGGUGGAUACUAAGGCAUAUAGCGAUGAACAAACAGAUGCUAAUUUUAGCCUGAUGUCCGACGACUUUCUUUACGGUGACCAAUGUUUUGACAAGGAUUCAAAUGCACCUGAAGAAAAUGAUGUCGCAGUAAAGAAAAAAAAGUCUUCUAGCAAUAUAAGAAUAAAAUCUCCUUAUGAAAACUCUUCCCAUGCAAUUGAAGAGAAAAAGAGAAAGAGAUUGCUUGAAAUUCGAGAGAGGCGAGAGAUCAAAAAGAAAUCUUUAAAUGAACAUUGCAAAAUAUCAAAACAUAAAUAUACAAGAAGUGCUGUCUUGGCUCAAGCGUCUAGUUCAGUUACGAAACUAUCCAUAACGAACAAAUCUUUUUAUAACUCUAUUUACGGACAAAGUAUAAAUAACGAAAUCAAGAAUACAAAAAAAGAAAGAAAAGUUCUAAACCCAGACUUAAACAUCGUAGUAGAGUUGGAAAACUGUGAGGAUGAAUCACGCGUUAAAUCUCCGAAGAAUAAAGAUAAAUAUAUAAAUCACAGUUAUUAUUUAGACGACGCUGAUACCGAAAUUAUGCAUUUAAAAGAUAAACAAAAAGCUGGUAUAGGAGAGGCAUAUACUGCUUCGUCUUCUGUCGAGUCGGAGGAAUAUGGGUCUAGUUUAAGCCUGUUAAAAGACAUAAUUUCUUUACAAACACCUUUAGCCGAAUCGAAUACUAAGAAUUUUACACUGGAGAACGAAAACAUAUGCAAUGAAGCAAAGAAGCAUAUGAAUUUUGAAAGAACAUCUGAAGUAAAUGCGGUUCAUACCGUUCCUGUCAAUUCACCCAUUGACAAAUUAAAUUCAGAUUAUGAAAAUGAAAAACAAUUGGGACACCCAGUUGAGUGCAGAAAAAGCAUCGAUAAGAUAUAUGAUUUAAUGAAAAACCUUGGAAAAAUUAAACCAUCUAAUUCGAAAUUAGAAGAAAGCCAAGAUAUCGACCUAGGCAGUCGUAGGAAUAAUGAUAAUCUAAAUCAUGUUGAAAGCAACCAAAAUUGUUCAAGUGCUCAACCGUCAGACAGUGGCACUAGCCUCAAACAUUGUAUGAUAUCAUCAAUUCCCAGUUGUUACAGCUUUGAUAAAACGAAGGAAUCUCCUCCUAAAAAAUGUAUGAAUCGGACAAGCGAAACAUUUAAUGUACCUGUUUCAAUAACAGCCAAACCUCUAACCAUUAUAACUCAAACAAAGACACCUGUUGCGCGUUCGACAGAAGAAAACCAGAAAAAAGAUCGAAGAAAAAUUAAAAGCCCAGUGGCUAAAAUAUCAGAAAACCCUCUUAAAGCAAUCUCUCAGCUGUUACGAGAAUUCGAGCACGUUCAGAGAAGUCGCCAUAAGAUGGAAAGUGAUGCAAAACCAAACAAGAAGGGAUCUACGGAUUCGAAAAACACUAUUCAUCAAGUUACUUUUAGAAAACCGAUAAAAGCAGAGCCUAAUUUAAAGCACAAUGAAGCGUUAUCGAGGGUCCCCACUCCUAAAGACAGAAAAUCAAGAGCUGGAAAAGCUAAUGUAAGACCAUUAGAAGAAAAGCCAGUUGAUAAAUUAAAUCGAAAAAAGAUAACAGACAUAAUAGAUGAAGCUAAAGAAGCCAGAGGUGAAGCUGUACGGGGACCACCGAAGUCUAGACUGGAUAGUUUAGCGCAGCCAAAAAGGCCAUACAGUCAACCCCACUAUGAACAAUUUCCAAACAAAAAUAGAAACACCAAUAGACAACAAAAAUUAACAAUCAACUCCCCACAAACAGACAGAACAACAAGAAAUCCUGUGUAUCCUAAUACGAGACCGAGAAGGGGUACAACGGACAGAACAGGAUCUCGGAAGCCUAAUUCCACCGUACCGCCUAUAGGGGUUAGACGGUCAGAAAGUUGUAGCCCCGUUGGAAAUCGCAAACGUUCUCCAGUGCCGGUGACGGGACCGUCCUGUAAACAAAACGUACCCGAAGCGCCUGAAACGUUAUUAAAGAAAAUGGUUGCGGUGGAAUCGUACGUGAAAAAUCAUUAUGGACGCGGAUCUCCGACACGAGAAAUAAAAGAUUUCCCCGGAGCACAAAAGUCGCGAGUACCACUUAUACCUACUGAUCUGGAUAUGGGAUCUGUGACGUCAUCCCGCACAGCAGAAGAAUCUUCAGCGCUUGGAAACAAGUUACACUAUAUGAUCGAUAGCAUGAUCAAUUCAACUGCCCCGGCUUUAAGUUCACUCUGUGAAAAAAAAGAAAAUUUACAAAGCAGCGACAGUAUCAAUGAAGCGUUUGUCGACACUGUAGGACAAUAUGAAGAGAUGAUUUCUAAUACAGAUUUUCCAAUCGAUGUUUUUGGAGAUAAAAGUAUUAUGACAGCUGUAGCGAGCUUACCAAAGGAUAACGGACACAGCGCCGGCAAUGAUGUCGAUUUUAAUCUUAUUACGUAUGACAUUCAGCCCUUUAAUUCUUUAACUGAAUUAGCUAGAUUGGAAAAUGCUUUAUACCGUCGUUUAUCAGCAGGAACUUUCCAGAAACGACUGAGGAUCAAGAAUUUAACUUUAACGCCUAAACAUUCUUUGCAACAAGUUUUAGUUUUACAAUCUGGUGAUGUUGGGUCGGUGGUGAUAAAAUCUACGUUAUCACAAAAUGUAAUAGAAAAAACGAAGCAUUCAAAUAAAAUGACAGAAAAAGAAAAUGACUCUAAAAAUAAGUCUAAACAAUCUAAGUCACACGUAGAUUGGUCUUUUGCGAAUUUUCCUUUACAAAUUUCGACUGUUGGAUAUUCUACAACUGAUACUAAGGGUGAAGUAAACCGUGCAGUAUCGAAAGAAGACAUUCACGUACAAGAUAGUCCAAAAAAUAAAAAUAACAGUUUAAAAGUAAAUACUAAAGACCAGUUUCUUGAAAGAUCGCAAGAAAGUCUGGAGCAAAUUGUAGACGCCGAUUUUGUUGUACCAAUUGCAAAGGAUGAACUGAAAUCAGAUAAAAAAUCACCUACCGACCAGGAUAGUUCAAUACCUGAAAAAGAGAUGACUAAAAUCGAUAAAGAUAAAUCACAAAAUGUUUCAAUGAAUUCAACUAAUAACAGUACCUCAGUAAGCAAACCUACUGUUGCAGAUAACUCCACGUCACUUGACUUACUCGUUGGAUUGCUAAACGAGAUUAAAAACAUAACCACUUGCCAGACACAGUUAACGGGAAACGGACCUAUCGAAAAUGAUGUCACCGAAACUCAAGAAUUGGAAUAUAUUUUAAAAAGAGUAGAGUUUCACGAAAGCUCUCCUGAACCGAGCCCACAAAACAUUUUGUCUUUGAGCUCAUUACAAAAUAUAACGGAGCAAAGUUUUUGUGCAAUUUAUAAUAAUAUGGGUUGUAACGUGCCUAAUAAUAGCAUUAUGAUAAAGAAUAAUCCAUUGCACCUUGACAAAGAAAUAAACGUGAACAUUGGGGGUAUAGAAUACGUUAGUACUAUAUCAGAUGUCCCAUCUCAAUUUCUGCCAUUAAAUGUUCAUCACAGCACCAAUGUAACGAGCUCUUUAGUAAAUGUCAUAAGAGAGCCAUCGGAACAAUCGAUGUACUAUUUUUCAGAUUACCAUACAUUGUACUCUAAUUCUUCGUUUAACAAAAUAAUUGAAAUUCCAAAAGUUGAAACACAACAAUCAAGACUUGGAGUAAUAACAUUUGGUCAAGAAAGUGUAAGAAAAAAUAAAAGAACCUUCAACGCAAAAGGAGCUAAAAGACUUUCUACUCCUACGGAUGUUCCAAACCUGAAAAUUAAGAGAGAUAUUCUAGUAACAGUUUAUUCGAUACUUGUAAUGACUGUUUUUGCUGCAUUAUCCUUUCCUGAAAUUUUUUACAGAACAUAA